AUGCCCUCUUCCAAAUUCUCCAACGUCAAUAAGAUCAUCUCAAACUCGAAACCUUCUUUGUCACUACAAUCAAACCCGGUAUACGCAUCGAAAAGUCCGGACUUUAACAAAACUACCUUGCACCAUAUUGCUUUCGGUAUUGGAGCGUCCGCAAAAUUAUGGGACAGGAGGAAGGAGUAUAUCAAACUAUGGUGGCGGCCCAACCAAACGCGAGGCCACGUUUGGUUGGACAAACCACUGGUGGAAGGAGAUGGUCAUAACGAUGACCAUCUCCUUCCACCUAUACGCGUAUCAAGUGAUACGUCGAAAUUUAAGUAUCAUAACAAAAAGGGGGACAGAUCAGGUAUACGAAUAUCGCGGAUUGUGUCGGAGACAUUCAGGCUAGGGAUGGAAGAUGUGAGGUGGUUUGUGAUGGGAGAUGAUGAUACAUUGUUUGUUGUGGAUAAUGUGGUUAGGGUUUUGAGAAAAUAUGAUCAUAAUCAGUUUUACUAUAUAGGGAGUUGUUCGGAGAGUCAUACACAGAACAUACAUUUUUCGUAUAAUAUGGCCUAUGGAGGGGGUGGAUUUGCUAUAAGUUAUCCGCUGGCGAAGGCUCUGGAGAGGAUUCAAGAUGCUUGCAUUCAGAGAUAUCCGGGGUUAUAUGGGUCCGAUGAUCGGAUUCAGGCUUGCAUGGCGGAGCUUGGAGUUCCUCUUACUAAAGAGAUUGGGUUUCAUCAGGUUUCUUUUUCAAAUCUAUGUCUAUCUAUUUUGUAG